AUGCCCAUAGUCUUAAAUGAUUCCAGUUGGUCGCCGGACAUCAAUGCGAAUAGGAUUUUCAGUUAUUUUGCAGUUGCAGCCUUUGCUGGGGGGAUGUAUGAUUGGAGUAAGCAAGAUAAGUAUCCAGGAACCGCUGAUAUCCCUAUGGUAGUAUUUCCAGCAUUGACAUUCGGGAAAGAGGUCGAACUGAUCUGGAGGCAACGCUGGUCCCUCGUGACUUUCUCUAUAUCAGUUCGUGUUGAUUCAAAAGCAUCCCAGGCGCGCUAUCUUGGAAUGUCAUAUAUCAAUAUUCCAACAAUCCCACUCACAGAUGUAGGAUGCCUUAUCGUGUACUUCACACAAAAUUGGACAAAUAACACCAUCACUGUAAUACUGGACGUCAUCAUGAUCACUCGGUUACAUGCCAUGUACCAGCGAUCCAGAAAGGUCUUGAUACUUCUCGGUGUCGUCUUCCUGGUUGUCAAUAUCGCGAACAUAGCGAUGAGCGCAAUAAUAACGAACCAUACUAUUUCAGGGGAGGAGCUCAUUCUCUCCGGCACCUAUCAGUGCACUAUGAACUCUGAGGCAGAUCUCGCGCCUCUGGCGUCCAUGAUUUGGAUACUGUGGACUGUAUGGGAGGUCCUCGCACUGUGUCUCGCUGUCUGGAUUGCUGUAAAACACUUCCGAGAACUGCGACGGCAAUCGGCAGGAGGGAUUCUCGGAGACUGUUUCACGGUGUUGAUGAAAUCUCAUGUGGGCUACUUUGCGAGCUUUCUUGCUGCUUCUUGCUUCGAGCUCGGUUAUGACUCAUCGACGAUGCCAGCGGACCCAUAUUCCCUGAAAGUCCAGAUUUAUGUUGGGUUUAUUCUAAUAUUCGAGGUUGUGCAGUUAUUUGUGCUGGGACCACGUCUCAUCCUUGCCGUUCGAGAAUAUCACGCUAAGCUCGUGGACGACUCAGACGCAGUAACUGCCAUGACUUCAAUUGCCUUCCAGGAGCGUGUCCAUGUGUCAACUAGCAGUAGUGUGUAGCACGGGAAAUGCUCGAUGUCACUGUAAGGAUCGCAUAUCCUCUACGCACCGAUCACGCUUCAAAACGAAGACGGCGUGCCUCCGUUACUCUUCGCAUCCGAGUCACGCGGAUACAGUCUUUUGCAUUUUCAUUUUCAUUUCCUUUUACGAUCUUACCUUGUGCUCAAACUCCACGAUCCCCUUGCCUUGACCGCUUCAUUUUACCUUCACCAUAUUGCUCAUUAUGCUCAUUCUGGCCUCGUCAAGUGUUCGAAAACGUAUAUAUACCGCCCAUGUACAUUCAUACCUACAUAAAAAUCGAGCAGAAUCCCAUACGCUGAUUCCCCGCUCCAA